UCUGCACAGUUUGUGCACGUAUGGGAUUAUUUUUACAGACCUGUAGCAGCCGCGAGGUGUUUCCCUCGACUAUGUCGUCACGACUAACGUGCGCGUUGAUGCAACGAUCAUGUUGUCCCUCCUCCUACCAGAUAAGAGUAGAGUUCCCCCUCGCAUGCAACGUCCAUGCAAUAAAAACGGGAGUCCUCCGUGCAGUGCGUGUUUUCCAGCCCCUACCCCACCCGGAGCAUUCGUGCAUCACGAUGCAAGCGGGGGCCACCGAAGCACCUGAUACAGACGCUGCUGAAAACAGUAGCGCAGCAGACAUCGACGACGGCAGCGGGACAGGGGAGAGGAUGGAGAGGACGGUGCCGCCGCCAAGCGACCAGCAGGACCGGACCAGCAGCCAGCAGCAGCAGCAGCAGCAGCAGCAGCAGCACACGUCCCUGUCGCCAUCCGGAGUGCUCGGUGAGUCCCAAAGAGAAACGGCUGUAAGAAAAGCGGUGUCCUGCGGGCGUGCAGCGGAGACGCGAGAUAAACUCUUUGGGAAGCGCUUCCUGCAGGCCAGACAUUACAUUAUGUCUCGUAAAUCCUGGCUUAAGAUGGUGCCCACUGAAAACUGUGAUAUCCUAAUGACUUUCCCAGACUCGAUCGAUGACCACACUCUGCUGUGGCUGCUGAACCAGAUCCGUGUUGGAAUCCCGCAAGUCAGCAUUCAGCUCCGGCAGCACAAACACACCCAGGCACACGCCUUCUUCAUCACGACCACGUUCGAGAACUUACUGCGGGGAGCAGAGCAGAUGGGCAUGCACAAGGCCGUCAAACCGCAGUUUGGUGGCGGGAUGCGGCGCUUUUCCUGCGAGGAAGACAACAUCUACGAAAACAUAGAGAGCGAGCUCUGCUUUUUUACCUCACAGGAGCGUCAGGGGAUUAUAAAGUAUUGGCUGGACAACCUGCGUGCCAAACAGGGGGAGGUGCUUCACAACAUUCACUUCCUGGAGGGACAGCCAAUCAUUCCGGAGCUGGAAGCUCGUGGGGUGAUCCAUCAAAUGUUUCCUCUCCAUGAGCAGAGGAUCCUCAACCAGCUGAUGACAUCUUGGGUCCAGGCUGUGUGUGAAAGGCAGCCACUGGAUGAUAUCUGUGACUACUUCGGAGUGAAGAUCGGCAUGUAUUUUGCCUGGCUGGGUUUCUACACGAACUCCAUGCUUUACCCUGCUGUCAUUGGCUUUCUGCUCUGGAUACUGGCAGAAGCUGACCAGACCAGCCAGGACAUCUGCUGCGUGGUCUUUGCCCUCUUCAACGUGGUGUGGGCAACGCUGUUUCUGGAGCGCUGGAAGAGGCGAGAGGCGGAGCUGGCCUACAGGUGGGGCACCCUGGACACCCCCGCCGAGUCUUUGGAGGAGCCCAGGCCGCAGUUCAGGGGAGUGAAGCGCUGCAGUCCCGUAACGGGCUGUGAGGAGUUCUACUAUCCGCCCUGGAAGAGAGCUCUGUUCAGAUGGCUGGUCAGCCUGCCCAUCUGCCUCCUCUGCCUCUGCUUUGUCUUCCUGGCUAUGCUGCUCUGCCUGGAACUGCAGGAGGUGGUGAUGGAGAUUCAGGAGCUACCUGGUAUCACGCGAUUCAUUCCUAAGAUACUCCUGGCUGUGACUGUGACCAUAUGUGAUGAAGUGUAUAAGAAGAUUGCCUACUGGCUUAAUGACAUGGAGAACUAUAGACUUCAGAGUGCCUAUGAGAAUAAUCUCAUCAUCAAGAUGGUUUUCUUUGAAUUCAUCAAUUCUUACCUUAGCCUUUUCUACAUCGCAUUCUACCUCAAGGACAUGGAGCGGCUUAAGGAGAUGCUAGCCACGCUGCUGAUCUUCCGCCAGUUCCUGCAGAACAUCAAAGAGGUCCUGCAGCCGUAUCUCUACGAGCAGAACAAGCUGGGCGUCCUAACGCCCAAAGUGCUGUGGGAGCUACUCCAAACCAUCGUCCUCAAGUACGGCCGUCUGGCCCUGGGGAAAGCCCAAGCCUCAAUGACCGCCUAUUCCUUCCUGGGUCCCAGGGGGAUCCCCGUCUGUCACACUGCUAACGGUGACCCGGAGCCCAAGAGGAGAGGAGACCUGAAAGCCGGAUUCAGGCUGACCGAAGAAGAGUGGGAUAUGAAUGACGGUAAUCUAAAGCAGCGUAAGGUCAGCUUCACGGAGAAAGUCGACUACCAGGAUGUCGCCGCAGAAAUGCAGGCAGUGGACCGCAGUUCCCUGGAGGACAGUCCCACCAUGGUGGAGGAAGGGAUGGAUCCGUCCAGUAUGUUUGACAGCUGCGAUGAGGACAGCGAUUGUGAAUUGUUGGCUCAAGAAUCUGACUCUCUCUGUCAAAGAAGGAACGUUGGUGAAAGGAAGGAGACUAAGAAGUCAUGGAUUGAUCCACCAGAAGAACCCAAAACCGUCAAUCUGACCCAGGCUGAAAUUGAGACCUGUAUGCAGACGUAUGAGGACACCCUUCAAGACUACCAGGAAAUGUUUAUCCAGUUCGGCUACGUGGUGCUCUUCUCCUCUGCGUUUCCGCUGGCGGCCAUGUGUGCUCUCGUCAACAACAUCAUCGAGAUCCGCAGCGACGCCCUGAAGCUCUGCACCGGCCUUCAGAGACCUUUUGGGCAGAGGGUGGAGAACAUCGGCCAGUGGCAGACUGCAAUGGAGGCCAUGGGCUUAAUAGCUAUUAUAGUUAACUGUUACCUGAUUGGCCAGUGUGGGCAGCUACAGCGUCUGUUCCCCUGGCUGAGUCCUGAGAUGACCAUCAUCUCCAUCGUCUUACUGGAGCACUUUGCAAUCCUCCUAAAGUACAUCAUCCAUGUGGCCAUCCCUGAUAUCCCUGGCUGGGUAGCAGAGGAGAUGGCCAAGCUAGAGUACCGACGAAGGGAAGCUUUCAAGAAGCACGAGCAGCAGGCCCAGCAGCACUUCCAGCAGCAGCUCAGACGCAGACGUGAAGAGGAGGAGCUCCAGCGACAGGCCGAGCUGCAGGCCGAGGCCCGCCAGGAGAGCGAGCACAGGGCAGACGCCCAGCACCAGCACCACCACGACAAAGCACAGGGGGGCAAGCCCAAGAGACCGAGCUCUCUGCUGGGGAACAACAACGUCAUGAAGCUGAAGCAGAUCAUCCCUCUCCAGGGAAAGUUCUCCUCCGGCAACUCGCGCUCACCGGCGCAGUCGCCAACGGGAGGCGAGGCGAAGCUGCCGGGGUUUCUGAAGUUCCUAAAGUCACCCGAGGGGAGAAAAGAGUCGGCGGCGGCGGCAGCGGCGGCGGCUGCAGGAGCGGCCGGCUCGACGGCGGCCUCCUCCGUUCCCGCUAGUGGCCAGGAGAGAUCGCAGUCCCCCAACAGGACAUUCAGUCCGGGAAAGCUGUUCAGUUUCAGCAAAUCGGAGGGGACGGUGGUGUGCGCCAACGGGACGCCACCGCUGCCGCAGCCUGCAGACACUCAUCCCAACAGGGCGGACGUGAACACCGGCCCGGAGGAAUUACCCUCAAACGAGGCAGAGAGAGGAGAAUUAAGUCAAUUGGCUGAUUUGGAAAACUCAAACAGUUAAUACAUGUUUGAGCACACUGACGUGGUGUUGGGCGUUCUCUGAACAAGCGUUCAGAGAAACACCCGUACGGCAAGAAAACACAAGGAGGAAACGCACGGUCAGCAAGCGUUAAGACUUUCACUCGCGAUGCAAAUUACUUCACACAAAGUAUUACACGGUGUUUGUUGGUUGAUUAUCUAGCUUCCAUGUAAAAUAUAUACAGUAACUACUUGAAUGAGGCUUUAAUUAAGGUUAUAAUACUGCAUGAUUGCCUAGUUUUCAACAGCAGCAGACCUGAAUGUGUUGACGUGAAGGAUCUUUUUCCAAAAACCAGGACUUGAUCAUGAAUGAGCCCUUUUAUCAAAGGACGUGAACAACAGCUUCCCGUACCAGGUUUGUUUCUCACUCUUAAGCCUUUAUUGAAUGCAUGUUGCAUCAUGUGCAUGUAUUACAUCUCCAUCAUUUCUUUUCAGUUGUGAAGCGCUUCCAAAAUCAUCACAUUCCUUCCGCAAUAGGUCAAAUUAUAUUCACUGUGACCAUUAAAAAUAUUCUAUUUUUCUUAA